UGGGCGCAUACUACAGAGGCAGGUCAAUAUGAGCUUCGUCAGGCUGCUCAUCUUGUCGAUGAGCAUGCUCAUCGGCACGCUCGGGAUAGGCUCCAUACCGCUAGCCUUUCAGCUCUCGCCGCGCCGGCUAAGAGCUCUGUCAAUCUUUGGUGUUGGCUUGCUCGUCGGGGCAGCGCUGACGGUGAUCAUACCCGAAGGCAUAGAAGCGCUCGCCAACGGUACAGAGUCUAUGCAUGAUCACAGCGAUAUAGUACACGGAGAUCACGAGCACGGGGCUAUGGACCAAGGGAGAUAUAUCGGGAUAUCCAUGCUUGCCGGAUUCAUGGUCAUGCUCUUCAUCGAGCAACUGACCUCACACAGCCAUCCAGUGCCCGUAGCACCUCACCGCAAGGCUGUCCAAGAACUGCCAUUACAUCGGACCACGUCACGAUCAAACUUUCGCAAGUCGGCCGAAUAUGCCACGCUCAAUUCGCCCACUCGGAUCAACGUAGAAGAUGCAAGUGACGAGGAGCAGCUGACAGAAGAAGCGAACACCUCACGCCAUCCUUUGCUCGCGAACGGGCUCAAGGCGACCGCGCGGCCUGCACGGAUACAGAACUUGGGCCAUGCGAGAGAUGGAUCAUUGAGUCACAUACAUGGCGAUAACACUGCUCGAUCGCUCAGUACGACCAUCGGUCUGAUCGUGCACUCGGUGGCAGAUGGCAUCUCGCUAGGCGCGAGCGCAAGUGCGACCGCGGCAGGCAAGCAAGCAGGCGAGCAUGCCGAGACAAGCCUGGACAUCAUCAUCUUCGUGGCCAUCAUGGUGCACAAAGCACCAGCAGCCUUUGGUCUCGUCUCUGUCUUGCUCAGCGACGGCUUGAGCAAGCCCAACAUCAGAAGAGCCCUGUCGGGCUUUGCAGCUGCAGCGCCACUAGGCGCAAUACUCACCUAUACCCUUCUUGCGCUGUUGGCGACAGAUUCGCAAGGUCUACAGUGGUGGACCGGCAUUGCUCUGCUCUUCAGUGGAGGGACGUUUCUCUUUGUGGCGACGCAUGUCAUGCAAGAUGCCGAGCAAGAGGGCGAAGGUGGCGUACAGGAAAUCGAAAAGCUGGAACGGCUCGGCUACAUGAGCGUAGGCAUGCUCGCUCCCGUCAUUCUCCAGUCAAUCUUUGGUCACGGGCAUUGAGCAUGCUCACUCGACGGUUCAAUGUUGGCGAAGUGAAAAGUUGCAUUGUUGUCAUCAGUCAACAGCAUUUGUUGUACGCUCUUGUAUUCUGUAUGCUAUGGCGUCAAACGAGACUUUACUGCUCGCUCCCUCGCACCAUCAGAGAACACAGAGAACAGUCUGAUCACAAUGCAAUGACGUCCCG